UCGAAAAAAAGAUAUUUAGUUGAUAAACCUUGUUUUCUACGUGAAAUCCCUAUCUACAAAAAGCGUGACAUUGGAGAAACAAUGCUCGGCGAAUUGCUACACCAACGUGAGCGAAAACCCCCAAAACUAUGCUUUUACAGCAGCUUAUCAAACCAUCAGCAACGUUUCGCCGCAAGUUCUUUGCUAUCAGUACUAGGACUCGCGAAACUACUGAGUAGUGACCAGUUUAAAGACAAUGGAACUACCCAUGAUGUGGAUAAGCAAUAGCAUCUUCGCUGUUGCAUUUAUGCUCGUGGGAAACUUCUGCGCAGUUCAGUGCUACCGUUUACCGAGUUCCCUUGGGAAGUUACAACCUCAUAAGCCAAACAACCAUUUUCCGAGCUGUGAUGACAUCCUGCAGACGGACUAUCAAAGAACAAGCUGCUAUUACCAAUGUUAUUCUUCCAAACGCGGAUUGCUAAAGGGAACUCACAGAGAUGGAACGCGAUGUGAGAACGAGAAAUUUCCUGGACGACGAGGGCAUUGCAUGAGAGGCGUGUGCAUAUCGCUUGAAGAUGAAGUUCCCAAUUUUAAUUCAACCAAACCUAAACAGCGCUGUAAUAGCAAGUACCAUGGCAAGGGAUAUGCACCAAGUUGCAAAUAUACGUGCACGUAUUUCGGGAAACCGAUGCAAAUGAACUACACUGCCGGAACACCUUGUGUUGUUCUCGAUGAAUACGAGGAUCGCGUGAAUAGUGUGGGAAUUUGCCUACGAGGCAUCUGCGAACCAUCUUACAAACUCGAAUCAACGCAUUCGAAUAUUAGGAACAAGGUUUUUCAUAAAAAAUAUCACAAGUGCCAGGAAGAGGAACACUAUGGCAGGAAUAUGCUUGGGGAUUGCCACUACUUUUGUCAACGAGACGAUGAAUGGUUUUACGGUUUUUAUAAAAGCAGCUACAACAGUGCGUGUCAGACGUUUACUCCUCAGCGCAUGUCAGGAUAUUGCUGCAAAGGCAAAUGCAUAGCGAAGCCACUUUGCGGACGCAACAUUGGUGACAUGCCGGUUGACUUCAGCCCCGCAGGCGAAAAACUUUCAACAUUGUGAAAUAAACACGAAAAAAAUUGC